AUGUCUGGAGAAGUCUUUACUGGCGGAGCAACGACGUCUCAACAUGUUGAUGCCGAAGAUGAUGAUCAUUUCGAAAACACAACUUUCAAGCUAAAGAGAACGAGAUCGUUGGGUUUGCUUGAUGAAUUUAUCCCCGACAAGGCAAAAGAACAAGCAUUGGAGGAUGGCAAGAUUUCGCAGAAUCAAAAGCAACACCUGCUGGAGCUACAACUGCAACUGCAACUGCAACUGCAACUGCAACUGCAACCAAAUAACCUUGAUGGCCAACAGCUGAAUUAUCCAACAGCUGGCCAACCCUCAAGUGCCCACCACCCUGAAUCCGACGACUCAAGCAACAGCAGCUACUUCAACCCCAGCUCUGCGGCAACUUCAAACACGGCUUCAGCAGCAACAUCAGCAUCAGCGUAUAGUAAUCAAUCAACUUCAGUGUCGUCGUCGCCGUCACCCGUGCCAUCGCCAACUUCGGCUGCGGCUCUACACUUGCAAUCACCAGAGUUGAUUCCAUAUGACGAUACAGAUUUGGCAGCGGAACCAUCGCAACAUGUAGAUUAUCUUUCACACCAGUGGAAUGUUUCUGACAUUUCUAAAUCCUGGCGAUAUGUCAUAUCUAAGAAGAAAGAUGUUGCCAAUGCAGCAAGACUUGAGAAUGCAUCAUGGAGAACUUGGGCACAAAGAAGGUCUAAUUUGAAGACAAUCAGCCCUGAGGUUGUGAACUGGUCUAAAGACAGCGACGUCACAUGGCUUUACGGACCAAUAUUUAUUAAUAACAACGGCUCAAGUGGAAAUGGCCAGAACAAUGGAAAUGAUGAAAAUGACGACAAUCACUCAUAUGACGAAGACUCUACUGCAACAAAUGCAGUUGCGGGUGAUAUAUCCAUUGCAAAGAAGCCUAAAAACAAAAAGAAUGCCCCAAAACCCAUUUUGAAGAAACGAACUGUUGAAGAGUCCAUCAUUAGCCAUUCCAACUUGUUGAAGUUGCAACUUGCCACUAGUCUUUACCAAAAGAAAAAGGAACAAAAAGCGAAGCAGCAACAACUGCAACUUAAGCAACAGCUGCAGCUGCAACUGCAACAACAAAUGCAACUGCAACAACUGUAUCAAGGGCAAGCAGGUGAUAAUGGCAAUGAAGACGAGUAUUUCGACUUUGGUGCACUUCUGAAUAAGUUAAAUGCGCAGUAUAACAACAAGACACCUACAGAUAAUUCAAAUGUGGCAAAAUUACAGAACUUGUUGAACUCGUCAAAUUCGUCAUCUUUGUCAACUAUUAAGCAAGAUGACAACACAGCACAGGAAGAAAAGCUGGGGGCAGGUGAAUUUGGGUCUGGCACUAAUUUACAGCAACAGCAAUCCCGUGAAGGAACUAAUUAUUCACAAGGUGAAACUGGCCACGAUGCUUCUGGUGUUACUGGCGUUACACCUGUACCAAACAAGAAAGAUAGGCAUAUUCAUUUCAACGAAGAAGUGCAACAGUGCAUUGCCUGUGACUAUUAUCUAGAUGAUUAUGACGAUGAUGAAUAUGACGAUGGCAAUGGUGGCAGUGGUUAUCGAGGCUACAGCUCUGAUGAAGAAGAUGACACUGAGGUUUAUGACGAUUAUUCCGAUCAAGUUAAUGACAAUCUCAUCAGAAGCCAGCUUUAUGCUGAUGAUGAUGAUGAUGAUGAUGUUAUUGAUGGAGAUGGUGACCAAGGCGAUAGCGAAGACAAUGACAAUGGCGAUGACGAUGACGAUGACGAUGACGAUGAUGACGAUGAUGACGAUGAUGAGGGUGGUUUCUUCCUCCAAGUUAAAUCAAACUCAAGUGCGCCGUUGAAGUUGGGUGGAAAUGGCAAUUCCAAUAGCAAUGUGCAAUCUAAACGCUUAAGCAGUAAUCGUCGUCGUUCAUCUGAUGGUGACUCUUUAUCUACUACCAGCAGUAGCUUAAGAAAUUUGGAGCUCAUCCGCCGCUUGCCUUCGACAACUAUAAACUAUGGCUCCGAUGAGGAUAGUAGUGAUGAGGAAUUUCCAUACACCUCUAGUGUCUCGCACAAUGUCAACAAUGAUAGUAGUAGAGGAUACGACUAUUACUAUGAUUACAACACUGUGUACACGUGCGAUCCAUCCCACCCUUCAUUGAAAAGUUAUCAGAAUACGGAUGUGGUUGAUGUUCCCAAGGAUCUUGAAAUUGAAUCUAAUAUGAAUUAUGAACUUAUUGAUGAUAAAGAUGUAACAUCCCAGCACCCACAUGUUGCCGGUGGUGCUUCCCCAAGUAUUGGUCCAGCACAUCUGGGGCAAUCGCCAAAAUUACAUAGUCAGAUAUCACCUCAAUUGUCGACGACGUCUAAUGAAUCCACGGGAAACCACGCGGUGAAGCAUUCGCCAUUCCAAUUGAGUGAUUCAGACUCUGAUUCAGAUGAUGAAGAAGCGGACUGUUUGAGUAUCGGUACCAGACGCUCGAGUCAAGGUAUUAUUGACCUGGUAAUUGACUCUAAUGGACUUUCCGAACUUCGUAAAGAAAAUACAAAUCGUAAUCAAGAGGGUAAGGAUGAACAAUCACCAUUCAAUGGAUAUCAUCAUCAGGAUCCCGUUCCAGUAAAUGAACAUGUGUCAAGCAUCAAUUCGCGCCAUAGUUCAAGCGCGCUUUCCAAGCAAUCGAGGAGCACAAACUCUUUAUCUCAACAAUUUUUUGGUGGCCAAAGUGGACUUUCGGAUCAAGAUAGAGCUUUGAGUAAGCUGUUUUUAGGUGAUUUGGCGGCAUCAUCACCAUCAUCGUCGACAUCAUCGUCUACAUCGGCACAACAUCAACCUGAUCGAUUAGAAAAGCCAGUAUUGACCAGAACUUUAUCCAAUACAAACCCCAAAUCAUCUCUCUCUAGAGCUAAAGCUACCUCAGAGAAUGCAUUUGGUGUUUCUCCAAACUCAUCACAGUCAUCUUCACCCAUAGGAUACAGUCCUGGUUCGGCUUCGGCUUCGUCCUCUGCUUCUGCUUCUAAUUCUAACUCUGGUAUGGCUCCCGUAUCACAGACCAAGAGAGGACAAUUCUUAUUUGAUGGUGAUUCAGAAUCAGAAUCCAAUUCGGAUGAUGACGAAGGAAUGGUGAUUGGUGGUGGCGGGGGAAACCGCUCGGGUGGUGGAAAUCGGGGUCAAAGCUACAGUACAUUGAGCCAUUUAGCGGACAAGAGUGGAAUACGCAAUCAAACCCAGAACCAAAACCAAAACCAAAACCAUUCCGCAACCUUACCUACACCAUAUUCUAUCAGCAAUGAUCAAGAGGGAGAAGAUGGCAAAGAUAAAGAUGCGAGUACAAAUUUAAUUGGUCAGGCAAAGGGUCUUGCCAAACACUUUUUUGGACAAAAUUGA